AUUCGGAACUACGAUUCCCGGCAAGCCCUGCGCGGAAAUGUCCGCGCUGGUCCGCCCCCGGAAGUGCUGGUUGCGCUUCCGGCGGAGGCUCGCUGGGGGCCGAGGGGUGUGCGCCUUUCUCCGCGGCUGGUGGCUGGGUGAGCGGCGGGAGCGCGCGGGAGGAGGCCUCCUGUGGUCCUGUGGCGCCCUGCCCACCAUGGCCAAGCCAGCAAGCAAAGAUUCAGGCUUGAAAGAGAAGUUCAAGAUUCUGCUGGGACUGGGAACACCAAGGCCAAAUCCCAGGUCUGCAGAAGGCAAGCAGACAGAGUUUAUCAUCACAGCGGAAAUCUUGAGAGAACUGAGUGUUGAAUGUGGUCUCAACAAUCGCAUCCGGGUGAUAGGGCAGAUCUGUGAAGUGGCAAAAACUAAGAAAUUUGAAGAGCAUGCAGUGGAAGCACUCUGGAAGGCCGUCUCAGACCUGCUGCAGCCCGAGCGGCCACCAGAGGCCCGACAUGCAGUACUGGCCCUGCUGAAAGCCAUCGUGCAAGGGCAGGGUGACCGCUUAGGGGUCCUCAGAGCUCUCUUCUUUAAGGUCAUCAAGGAUUACCCCUCCAAUGAAGACCUCCAUGAAAGGCUGGAAGUUUUCAAGGCCCUUACUGAUAAUGGGAGACAUAUCACCUACUUGGAAGAAGAACUGGCGGAGUUUGUCUUGCAAUGGAUGGAUGUCGGCUUGUCCUCGGAAUUCCUUCUGGUGCUUGUGAACUUGGUCAAAUUCAACAGCUGUUAUCUUGAUGAAUACAUCGCAUCAAUGGUGCACAUGAUCUGUCUGCUGUGCAUCCGAACCGUGUCCUCUGUGGACAUAGAGGUCUCCUUGCAGGUGCUGGAUGCCGUGGUCUGCUACAACUGUCUGCCUGCCGAGAGCCUCCCUUUGUUCAUUGUCACCCUCUGCCGCACCAUCAAUGUCAAGGAGCUCUGCGAGCCCUGCUGGAAGCUCAUGCGUAACCUCCUGGGCACCCACUUGGGUCACAGUGCAAUCUACAACAUGUGCCGCCUAAUGGAAGACAGAUCCUACAUGGAAGAUGCCCCGCUGCUGAGAGGAGCCGUGUUCUUUGUGGGCAUGGCUCUCUGGGGAGCCCACCGACUCAGUUCUCUCAAGAAUUCCCCAACAUCUGUGUUGCCAUCUUUUUAUGAGGCCAUGACCUGUCCCAAUGAGGUGGUGUCCUAUGAGAUCGUGCUGUCCAUAACCAGACUCAUUAAGAAGUAUAGGAAGGAGCUCCAAGCUGUGACAUGGGACAUUCUGCUGAGCAUCAUUGAACGGCUGCUUCAGCAGCUCCAGAGCCUGGACAGCCCGGAGCUCAGGACCAUCGUCCAUGACCUACUGACAACGGUGGAGGAGCUAUGUGACCAGAACGAGUUCCAUGGCUCACAGGAGAGAUACUUUGAACUAGUGGAGAGCUAUGCAGACCAGAGGCCUGAGUCUUCCCUCUUAAAUCUAAUAUCCUACAGAGCUCAGUCCAUUCAUCCGGCCAAGGACGGCUGGAUCCAGAACUUGCAGCUGCUGAUGGAGAGGUUCUUCAGGAGCGAGUCCCGCAGUGCUGUGCGCAUCAAGGUACUGGAUGUGCUGUCCUUCGUGCUGCUCAUCAACAGGCAGUUCUAUGAGGAGGAGCUGAUUAACUCGGUGGUCAUCUCACAGCUCUCCCACAUCCCUGAGGAUAAAGACCACCAAGUCCGAAAGCUAGCCACUCAGUUGUUGGUGGACCUGGCAGAAGGCUGCCACACCCAUCACUUCAACAGUCUCCUGGACAUUAUUGAAAAAGUGAUGGCUCGCACCCUGUCUCCACCCCCUGAACUGGAGGAAAGGGAUGUGUCUGCUUACUCAGCCUCUCUGGAGGAUGUGAGGACUGCAGUUCUGGGGCUCCUGGUUAUCCUUCAGACCAAGCUGUACACUCUGCCUGCCAGCCAUGCCACACGUGUGUACGAGACACUCAUCAGUCAUAUCCAGCUUCACUACAAGCACAGCUACUCCCUGCCCAUUGCUAGCAGCAUCCGACUGCAGGCCUUCGACUUCCUGCUGCUGCUGCGAGCUGAUUCACUGCACCGCCUGGGUCUGCCCAACAAAGAUGGGGUCGUGAGGUUCAGCCCCUACUGCCUUUGUGACUGCGUGGAGCCAGAGAGGGGCUCUGAUAAGAAGGCCAGUGGCCCCCUUUCACCUCCCACUGGGCCUACUAGCCCUGUACCUGUGGGCCCUGCUGUGCGUCUUGGCCACCUGCCAUACUCCCUGCUCUUCCGUGUCCUACUGCAAUGUCUGAAGCAGGAGACCGACUGGAAGGUGCUGAAACUGGUCCUGAGCAAGCUGCCUGAGUCACUGCGCUACAAGGUCCUCAUCUUCACCUCCCGUUGCAGUGUCGACCAGCUGUCUUCUGCCCUCUGUGCCAUGCUUUCAGGCCCAAAGACCCUUGAGCGGCUCCGAGGUACCCCAGAAGGCUUUUCCAGAACUGACCUGCAUUUAGCUGUGGUUCCAGUGCUAACGGCGUUAAUCUCUUACCACAACUAUCUAGACAAAACCAAACAGCGUGAGAUGGUUUACUGCCUGGAACAAGGCCUCAUCUACCGCUGUGCCAGCCAGUGUGUGGUGGCCCUGGCCAUCUGCAGCGUGGAGAUGCCGGACAUCAUCAUCAAGGCACUGCCCGUACUGGUGGUGAAGCUCACGCACAUCUCUGCCACGGCCAGCAUGGCCAUCCCGCUCCUGGAGUUCCUGUCCACUUUGGCCAGGUUGCCCCACCUCUACAGAAACUUCGCCGCAGAGCAGUAUGCAAGUGUGUUUGCCAUAUCCCUGCCGUACACCAAUCCCUCCAAGUUCAAUCAGUACAUCGUGUGCCUGGCCCAUCACGUCAUAGCCAUGUGGUUCAUCAGGUGCCGCCUGCCCUUCCGGAAGGAUUUUGUCCCUUACAUCACUAAGGGCCUGCGUUCCAACGUCCUCCUGUCUUUUGAUGACACCCCUGAGAAGGACAGCUUCAGAGCACGGAGCACCAGUCUCAAUGAGAGGCCCAAAAGUUUGAGGAUAGCCAGAGCCCCCAAACAAGGCCUGAGUAACUCUCCACCUGUGAAGGAGUUCAAGGAGAGCUGUGCCGCCGAGGCCUUCCGGUGCCGCAGCAUCAGUGUGUCUGAACAUGUGGUCCGCAGCAGGAUACAGACAUCGCUCACCAGUGCCAGUCUAGGGUCUGCAGAUGAGAACUCCAUGGCCCAGGCUGAUGACAACUUGAAAAAUCUCCACCUAGAGCUCACAGAAACAUGUCUGGACAUGAUGGCUCGAUAUGUGUUUUCCAACUUUACUGCAGUACCCAAGAGGUCUCCUGUGGGAGAGUUCCUCCUGGCAGGUGGCAGGACCAAAACCUGGCUGGUUGGGAACAAGCUUGUUACCGUGACUACAAGUGUGGGGACUGGGACCCGAUCAUUGCUGGGCUUGGACUCGGGGGAGCUGCAGGGCAGCCCAGAGUCAAGCUCUGAGCCUGGUGUGCAUGUGAGACGGACAAAGGAGGCGCCAGCUAAGCUGGAGUCCCAGGCUGGGCAGCAGGUAUCCCGUGGGGCCCGAGACCGGGUCCGCUCCAUGUCAGGUGGCCAUGGCCUUCGAGUUGGUGCCCUGGACAUACAAACCCCUCACAUCACAGGUGGCCCCACUUCUCCAGGACCACAACAGACUAUACCCGCCACAAAGCCUGAGAAGGCCUCUGCAGGUACCCAGGUUCCAGCUCCAGAGAAGACAAACCUAGCAGCCUACGUGCCCCUGCUGACCCAGGGCUGGGCCGAGAUCUUGGUGCGGAGGCCUACAGGGAACACCAGCUGGCUGAUGAGCCUGGAGAACCCACUCAGCCCCUUCUCCUCGGACAUCAAUAACAUGCCCCUGCAGGAGCUGUCCAAUGCCCUCAUGGCUGCCGAGCGCUUUAAGGAGCACCGCGACACGGCUCUGUACAAGUCGCUGUCGGUGCCAGCAGCUGGCACGUCCAAGCCUCCUCCUCUCCCACGCUCUAACACAGGCACUGUCCUUCCAGGCCACACCUUGGCCCUUCUGUGUGGGUACAGAUGGCGCUUGGCAGCUGAGGAUGUUUGCGUGUGGGAAGUUGGCAAGCACUGCCCUCCCCUGCCACUUGGAGAGCCGAGAGCCCUGUGCGCCGGCCCUGGCCGCCGCUGGCCCGCCCCUCUCUCCUCUCCAGGCUCGGGUCUGUGCCUGUCCUCUGCUCGGCCUGUGCAGUCUCUGCUGCUGACGCGGCCGCUCGCGUGGUUGCCUUGCAGUGGCCUCUCUGUCCUCCCUGUACCAGUCCAGCUGCCAAGGACAGCUGCACAGGAGCGUUUCCUGGACUCUGCUGUGGUUCUGGAAGAGGGAAAUCAAGGCCGUGCUCACAUGCCCACGGGACCCCCUGAGUUGGAGGACUUCGAGGCAGUGCUAGGUGCUGACAGGUCCUGCCCGUAUCCUGUUACUUACAGCAGGUCGUCCUCAGCCUCCAGUCAGGAAGAGAAGUCAUCCCACACAGAGGAGCUGGCUGCCGGGGGCAUCCCCAUCGAGCGGGCCAUCUCUUCCGAGGGUGGCCGGCCCUCCGUGGACCUCUCCUUUCAGCCUUCGCAGCCCCUAAGCAAGUCCAGCUCCUCACCUGAGCUGCAGACUCUUCAGGACAUCCUUGGGGACCCUGGGGACAAGGCUGAUGUGGGCCGGCUGAGUCCUGAGGCCAAGGCCCGGUCCCAGUCAGGGAUCUUGGAUGGGGAAGGGGCUGCUUGGUCAGUCCCAGGUGAAGAGAACCAGGGCCCAGCCCCACCUGAGGGUUCCUUGCCAUCCAGUUCCCCUCGCUCGCCCAGUGGCCUGCGGCCCCGAGGCUAUACCAUCUCUGAUUCAGCCCCAUCGCGCAGAGGCCAGAGGGUGGAGAGAGAUACCUUCAAGAGCAGGGCGGCAGCUUCCAGUGCUGAGAAAGUGCCAGGCAUCAACCCCAGCUUUGUGUUCCUGCAGCUCUACCAUUCACCUUUUUUUGGUGAUGAGUCCAACAAGCCAAUCCUGCUGCCCAAUGAGUCCUUCGAGCGGUCAGUGCAACUCCUUGACCAGAUCCCGUCAUAUGACACACACAAGAUUGCCGUCCUGUAUGUGGGAGAAGGCCAGAGCGGCAGUGAGCUGGCCAUCCUGUCCAAUGAGCAUGGCUCCUACAGGUACACGGAGUUCCUGACGGGCCUGGGCAGGCUCAUUGAGCUCAAGGACUGUCAGCCUGACAAGGUAUACCUGGGCGGCCUAGAUGUGUGCGGCGAGGAUGGCCAGUUCACCUAUUGCUGGCAUGAUGACAUCAUGCAAGCCGUCUUUCACAUCGCCACCUUGAUGCCCACCAAGGAUGUGGACAAGCACCGUUGUGAUAAGAAGCGACACCUGGGCAAUGACUUUGUCUCCAUUGUCUAUAAUGACUCUGGUGAGGACUUCACGCUGGGCACCAUCAAGGGCCAGUUCAACUUUGUCCAUGUGAUCAUCACACCCCUGGACUACGAGUGCAACCUGCUGACUUUGCAGUGCAGGAAAGAUAUGGAGGGCCUUGUGGAUACCAGUGUGGCCAAGAUCGUGUCUGACCGCAACCUGCCGUUUGUGGCCCGCCAGAUGGCCCUACAUGCAAAUAUGGCCUCACAGGUGCACCAUAGCCGUUCCAACCCCACUGACAUCUACCCCUCCAAGUGGAUCGCACGGCUCCGCCAUAUCAAGCGGCUCCGCCAGCGGAUCCGGGAGGAGGCGCACUACUCCAGCCCCAGCCUGCCUCUGAUGCACCCCUCAGCCCACGCCAAAGCCCCAGCACCAACUGAGCCCACAACCACCUAUGAAACAGGCCAACGAAAGCGCCUCAUCUCCUCUGUGGAUGACUUCACAGAGUUUGUGUGAGGCUGCUGGGGCUGCUGAUGAGAGCAGGUACCCAGGGCUCUUUGGGGUUGGUUGUACAACUGACCCCUCCGUGAGUCUGCACUGUCUAAGUAAAAUAAACUCUUCACCUGGCACUCAGAAACACAGAGUAGCAGUCAGACAGCUUUAUUUGACUUUGUCUGUUGGGUGGGGAUGAAGCUGCAGCCACACCUUGCUCCUGGGGCAGGCACCCUCCCACAUCAGGUCCUGCACCACUGGGUGACCUGGUGUUGCCAGGUCUCAUGACCUCACACUAUCCUCCCCAGUCCUGGGAGCCAGCCCCCAGAAGGGGUCUUGUCUCCUGAGUGUCCCAG